AUGAGGCCUGGCGAAUCCGUUGGGUGGCCGGCGGACACUCGGCGAACGCUCGGCGGAGACUUGGGGAAUUUUUGCACUGUGCGGUUUUAAGAACUUGAAAAUUUUGCACUGUGCGAUUUUUUGAGCUAAAAAUUUCUGCACUGUGCGAUUUUUAAAACCAAAAAUUUCUGCACUGUGCGAUUUUUAGAACCUAAAAUUUUUGCACUGUGCGAUUUUGUGAGCUAAAAAUUUUUGCACUGUGCGAUUUUUUGAACCUAAAAUUUUUGCACUGUGCGAUUUUUAGAACCUAAAAUUUUUUUGAAAUUUAAUGUAAAGUGCAAUAUUUAUGCUAAAAAUAAUUUUUUUCAAGGGAAAUCCGCUAUAUUACAAGCAAAAAAGCAUCUUUUCUCUGACCGCCCUCCUCAUUUUUUGUACUCUCUCGGGAAAAAAGAAAAGCUUGUAACUUAGCUGGCGGUGCUAGGAAAUAUCUAAAAUUUGGUGUGAUUAAAAUACACCCUAUGUACUGUUACUAUACCAAAUUUGAAAGAAAUCCAACCAUCCUACUUUGAGCACUUCAGCUCUCAAAUUUUCAUCAAGUAUAAUAUAAGAAACCAAAUUUUUCCCUAAUUUCCCUCGAUUUUCAGCGACCCCCGGUCUCCAAAGUCGCCAACUGCGGGAUGGAGGCCUACCUCAGCGAGUCGGCCUCGGUCUACGGCCACUGCAUCACCGACUUGGACACGAACACCACCACAAUGGUGGACUCGGCCAAGUUCGAGCCCUCGGCCCGCAAACGCUCCGCGAUCUACGACUGUUUCGAGGGCGUGGCCAAACGGCUCAAGCUCUAA